CAGAGUAACAACGAAGUUUUCACUUUCAACAAUUGCUUCUUAGCUCUUACAUUAGUGUCAUUAAGCAUGACAUCAUUAAAUACGGAAUCUCUUGUAGAGGUGAUUCAUUCAAAUAAUUUAACUGUUUUUGAGUGCUUGGACUAUUUAAGAAAACACAAUGAUAACAUAGGAAUCAACCACGCUUUGAUGCGAAGGAUUCGUCUAUUCACAUAUGACGAUCUAGAAUUUUGCAUUCCCCAAUUUGUUCAACUAUUAGUUGCCAUUGAAACUGAUUCUAUGGCUCUUGAAGACUUUUUGUUGGAAUAUAGUGAAAAAUUUCCACAUUUUGGGCUCAUUUGCUUUUGGUACUUACAGGCAUCCAUAUUUGAAUUGAGAAAUGAUCCUGAAUCAUAUCAAUUUCAAACUGUUCGAAAAUUCAUAAAUAAAUUACAGAAUAUUUUAUUUAAUGCCGAUGUUCGAUCGUCCAAGCCAUCUGACUUCAGAGAGAAUCUUAUGCCUGCGUUGGUUUUAUGUGCUACUGUUGGUUCUUCUGUUGGGUUUCCUCGACUCAAUGAAUAUAUCGAACCCUUGAUAAGAUCUCAAGGACGACAGGAAAAAUCCUUUGUAUUCAAGUUAGCAAAUUUUCAAAAAACUCUUACAAAAAAUUUGACAAUGAAAAACUCAAGAGUAUCCGGCGAAAUUGGAGCUUUGUCAGAUGAAGAAGAUCGAACCAUGAAAAGAAAUGUAUAUUUGAACCAUCAUCGCUCGGCAUCGGUACCACGGAUACCUUCAAAAAGGAGUUUGAAUAUUCAAUCAGAUGAUUCAGAGACAUAUACAACUGAUGAAGAAGAAAAAAUUUCUUUAGAUUUGAGAAGAGACUCCACUAGUGAUUCAAUGAGUACAUUAAAGGGUCGAACAAGCAUGGAGGAUAUAGAAAAUAAAUUCAAAAUCAACACUAUUAUCAAAUCUAAAAAAAGUUUGAAAAAUAUGAACAACCAUAUGGUUAAUGAAAUCAGGGAACUAAGCCAAGAUGAUGGGUAUAUAUUAAAUACACAUUCUUUACCGGAUCUUUCCAAGUUGGAAUCACCACCCUACAUGUCAUUCCUUGAAUCUGAGUCUUCCUUAAGCUUUGCCAGAUUAUCACUAGGUGAUGUACCUACUAGAAGUUUAUCACAGAAUUCGAAGCAUAAAAUUCCCUCAUAUCAAGAGUUAUUGAGAAAGCUUCGUGUGAACUACGCGAAGAAAGAAACUGAAUUUGCUUUAGCAUUGCAAAAUAUCUCAGUAAGAUUAUCUCAAGUCCCUAAGGAAGCGCGCCUUUCUGCUCUUAGAGCAGAGCUCUCUAUUAUAAAUGAAACCAUUCUUCCAGCUGAAAUAGACAUUCCACAGUUACUUCCUAUAACAAGUAACAAAAAUAAGAAAUAUCAUAAAAUCUUGAGAUUGAGUGUAAGCGAAGCAUGUGUUCUUAACUCUGCCGAAAGGGUGCCCUUUUUACUUCUAAUAGAAUAUCUUAGUGAUGAAAUGGACUUUAAUCCCUUUUCAGAACACAACCAGAAUAUUUUAACUAACAAGUCAGAUUUUCAUUCCUCCAAAUUGGGCACAGACUUGGUUAACACUACGACACACAGAGAAGUUGACAAUGGUUCUUCAUUUAACCAUGCUAUUGAACAGGCGGAGACCGAUUUAGGGGAGUUGCCCAUGCUGCAUGAUGCAGGAUUGCCAAAUAAUUGGUACAUGGAAUCUCCUAGUAGUAGCAAUGAAAUCAGAGAUGAAAUUAUUCCAAUUAUUAAUACUUCCAGCGAUUUGAACACCAAGGCUUUGGCCGAUCAAAUGCGUAUUGCUUCGGUCAUGCUACAGCAAUUAGAGAAUUCAGGUCAAUCAAAUUCUCCUGAAUUUAUUGCAAUCAAAAAUCGAAUUGUACAAUCAAUGAUUUCCUUACAAGAUCAAUUCGAUUCUAUAGACUAUGCCAAGUUAAAUCAAUUAAAGGGAGACAAUCCAGAUGCUGGUGAACGUAAGUUGGAAAAUGAUUUUAAACUUGGCGAAGAUUGGAAUACGAAAAAACAACGAAUAAGAAAGUCUAGUUCAUUUGGCCACCACCAGAAUUGGGAUCUAUGCUCUGUUAUCGCUAAGAAUGGAGAUGACCUUCCACAGGAAGCUUUUGCUUGUCAGUUAAUUUCAAUGAUUUCCAAUAUUUGGAAGUCGAAUGAUAUUGGAGCCUGGACAAGAAAAAUGAAGAUAUUGAUAACUAGCGCCAACUCCGGCUUAGUCGAGACAAUUACAAAUGCAAUUUCAAUCCAUUCAGUGAAAAAGUCAUUGACUGAACUUUCAAUUGCCAAUGGUGAAAACUUGAAAGGUAGAAUAUUUACACUUCAGGAUUAUUUCAAGAAAUUGUUUGGUUCAUCGGAUUCUCAAAGGUACAAACAAGCUCAAGAUAAUUUUGCAAGAAGUUUGGCAGCAUAUUCAAUUAUAUGCUAUAUUCUUCAAAUAAAAGAUAGACAUAAUGGGAAUAUAAUGUUGGAUGAUGAGGGGCACAUAAUUCAUAUUGACUUUGGUUUUCUUCUUUCAAAUUCGCCAGGAAGUGUCGGAUUUGAAGCUGCACCAUUCAAGUUAACAACAGAAUAUGUCGAUUUGUUAGGCGGUGCUCAGGGUGCACCUUAUCAGAAGUUUGUAUCUUUAUGUAAGAAGUGCUUCAGUUCUUUGAGAAAUGAAAGUGAUCAAAUUAUCAGUUUAGUUGAAUUGAUGCAAAAAGAUUCCAGUUUACCAUGCUUCAAGAAUGGGGAAAACACUAGUAUUCUACUUAAGCAAAGGUUUCAACUUCACCUCAAUGACUCUGAAUCGGACGAUUUUGUAGAAAACAUAUUAAUAGGAAAAAGUUUUGGAAGUAUGUACACUCGUCUUUAUGAUCAAUUCCAAAUGAUAACACAAGGUAUUUAUAGUUAAGAAAUAUAUAAUUUAGGGCCAUUGUUGAAAACGCAAGUUCAAAAAAUUUCUUUCUCGUAAUUAUGAGUGCGUUAAAAAAUAUUUUUGCAAUUAGUUGAUAUAGAAUUUCAAGAUGGUAUGAAACAAGAAUUUCGAACAAGAUUUACUUUCUUCAAUUUAAUACAGCCAUAGAGAAUAUAAAAAUAUAGGUUUGAUUGACAUGACUGUCGAGGGUUUAUAUACGUUUCAGUUUCAAAGGACCAACAGACCGAGAGUAAUCGAGACAGUCAGAGAUA